CAUGCGAGUUGAACAGGGUGAGGCGCUGGCGCAUGCGCAGAGCGCCCCCGGCGGGCGGGCGGGAGGAAUCAUGGCGGCGCUGUGGGAUGCGAUGAGGGCGGCGAUGGCCGCGGUGCUGCUGCUGGGCUGGGGCGCGCACGGGCUCUACUUCCACAUCGGAGAGACCGAGAAGCGCUGCUUCAUCGAGGAGAUCCCCGACGAGACCAUGGUCAUCGGCAAUUACCGGACGCAGCUGUGGGACAAACAGUCCGAGUCCUUCCUGCCCUCCACCCCCGGGCUGGGCAUGCACGUGGAGGUCAAGGACCCCGACGGAAAGGUGGUGAUGUCGCGGCAGUACGGCUCCGAGGGGCGCUUCACCUUCACGUCGCACACGCCGGGCGAGCACCAGAUCUGCCUGCACUCCAACUCCACCCGCAUGGCGCUGUUCGCUGGGGGCAAGCUGCGGGUGCACCUGGACAUCCAGGUGGGCGAGCACACCAACAACUACCCCGAGAUCGCCGCCAAGGACAAGCUGACGGAGCUGCAGCUCCGCGCGCGCCAGCUGCUCGACCAGGUGGAGCAGAUCCAGAAGGAGCAGAACUACCAGAGGUACCGGGAGGAGCGGUUCCGCAUGACGAGCGAGAGCACCAACCAGCGCGUGCUCUGGUGGUCCAUCGCCCAGACCGUCAUCCUCAUCCUCACCGGCCUCUGGCAGAUGCGGCACCUCAAGAGCUUCUUCGAGGCCAAGAAACUCGUCUAGCCCCCCAAAACCCCCUCGAGGGGUACCCCAAAAUCCAUUCCAACCCGGGGGGCAGCCCGAAACCGACCUCAACCCCAAAAGACACCCCAAAAUCCACCCCCAUCCCAGGGUGUGCCCCAAACCUCACCCUCACCUUGGGGAGCACCCCAAAACCAACCCUGAUCCCAGAGGGAUCCCCAAAAUCCACUCCUAACCCUGUAAUGGGGGAUCCCACCCACCUUGGGGUGCUAGGGAGGGACCCCCAAACCCAUCCCACGCACUUUGGGGUGCUGGGGAGGGUCCCUCACUCCCUUCUGGCACCCCAAACCCAUCCCAGGUUGCUGGGGAGGGACCCCAAACCCAUCCCACCCACCCCGGGGCGCUCCCUGCGGAUUUUGGGGUGCCCUGCUUGCCAUGGAGGGAGCAGAGAAAGGCGCCACCCCCCAAGGUGGUUUUUUUUGGGGGG